UCCUCAUACUCGCUCGAAGCUCUUCACUCCCUCAUAUACUGCUGUUCCCUCAAAGCAGGGAAUAAGGACCGGGCAGAGGCAGUAUUGGAUUGAUUUGUUCGAGGUGCACAACGUCAACAGUCCACACCUGGAUGUGUGUUUGACGGAAAGUUUAAGGAGAGGUUGCUAUGCCAACAGAGCUUGGCCCUGAGUCACAGGUGAAGAAGGCAGCAGAAGAGUCCUCCUGGCAGAAGGGGGCAGCAACUGGCAUGCAGGACUCGGCUUUAGACACAAAGAUGGCUAAACAGGACCAGGACUCCAAACUGAUCGACGACCACAGGGAAACAGACAACGUGUCAGAAAAGACCACCCCAAGCAAGACCCCCAAGUCCCCCCAGAAGACUUCCAAACGGCCAAAGACUGUUCCCUUCAAGGUCACCCUACUGGACACCUCUGGCUAUGAGGCGGGGAUUGAGAAACACUGCAAAGGACAGGCCCUUCUGGACAUGGUGUGUGAGCACCUCAACCUGCUGGAGAAGGACUACUUUGGCCUGAUGUACAGCGAUGCAGAAAGCCAAAAGAAUUGGUUGGACCCCUCCAAGGAGAUCAAGAAGCAGAUGCGCACUGCUCCCUGGCACUUUGCCUUCUCUGUCAAGUUUUACCCUCCAGACCCCUCCCAGCUAACAGAGGACAUCACCAGGUACUACCUGUGUGUUCAGCUGAGAGAUGACAUGUUGUCAGGUCGUCUGCCCUGCUCCUUCGUGACCCAUGCCCUGCUGGGUUCCUACGCCGUGCAGGCCGAGCUGGGAGACUAUGACACCGACGACCACGGCCCCGACUACGUCAGCGACUUCCGCUUCGCACCCAAUCAGACGCGAGAGCUGGAGGAGAGGGUCAUGGAGCUCCAUCGUAACUACAGGGGUAUGACUCCAGCUGACGCAGAAAUCAACUUCCUGGAAAAUGCUAAGAAGCUAUCCAUGUAUGGGGUGGAUCUCCAUCAUGCCAAGGAUUCAGAAGGGAUUGACAUCAUGCUGGGUGUGUGUGCCAACGGGCUCCUGAUAUACCGCGAUCGCCUGAGGAUCAACCGCUUCGCCUGGCCAAAGAUUCUCAAGAUAUCCUACAAGAGGAGCAACUUCUACAUCAAGAUCCGGCCCGGAGAGUACGAGCAGUUUGAGAGCACUAUUGGCUUCAAGCUUCCAAACCACCGGGCGGCUAAGAGACUGUGGAAGGUCUGCAUCGAGCACCACACCUUCUUCAGGUUAGUGUCUCCAGAGCCUCCUCCAAAGGGCUUCCUGGUGAUGGGCUCUAAGUUCCGCUACAGUGGGCGAACCCAGGCCCAGACCCGGCAGGCCAGCGCCCUCAUAGACCGGCCCGCGCCACACUUUGAACGCUCCACCAGCAAGAGGUACCUGCUGUCCCGCAGUCUGGACGGAGCAGAGUUCUCCCGGCCAGUGUCGGCCAUGUGUGACAACCAGGAUGGUCUGUCCCAGCGCAGUGGCAGUGAACACCCCCACCUCCACAGCCCCUCUGGGGACGAACAGGAGACAGAACUGGAACCACCCAGUUUGGAGCAGGACCAAGAGGAGGAUCAGGAUGAGGAACAGGAUCCAGAGGAAUACCAUGACCAAGAGGACGAUGAGGAUGGUGUCACCUCCCCCAGCAAGAAGAAGGAAAUCAAGGAGGAUUCUGGGUCCCCACUUGACAAUAUACAGGAGUUGGACCAGGAGACAACCCUUCGACACAAGGAGUUUUUGGAUAAGUCAGAGGAUGUCUUACUGAAGCACCAGGCCAGUAUCAAUGAGCUGAAGAGAGCCCUGAGGGAGCCCAACAGCAAGCUGAUGAACCGUGAGAAGCGGCUGUCAGGGACAUCUCCAGGCGGCACGCCCGAGAAGAAGGCUGUGGUGGGCAAGGAACUAGUAAACAGCUUCUCUGUAGAGGGCUUCGUCCAGAAGACUGUGGUGACUUCCCCAGAGGGCUCUGAGGAGUGGGUAUUGAUUGAGAAACAAGACACUUAUCAACAGGACAAUGACUGGAAGGCAGAGGAACAGAACAAGGCUUCCACCUCACCUCCCCCAUUAGUCCCUAAUUCCUCUUGGGAAAGAAAGAAAGAACUGGAAAAAGACAUAGACGUAGCCAAGAUGAUUCAUAUUGAGGUUAGAGGGGAGGAUGGGCAAGAAAUGAGAACAGAUAUUGAUAACUUUCCAUCGCCCAAAGCCACAAGGGAAUCCCAGGAUGAAUGUUCUGAACCGCGGCUGACUAGCAACAGCCGGUUUGUGGUGGAAUUAGCUGAAACCACAGAAUCUUCUGAAGAUGAUUCGCAGUGGAAAGUACCUCCAGCAGAACACUCUGGUGCAAGGAAUGACAUAUUCCCAGUCCCAGUCUCAGUCCCAGACCCAGUCUUAACCCCAGUCCCAUUCCGAGACUCUAAGAAGGAUCAUCAACCCAACAGACACAGAAAAAAUAAGAGACCUAAUAGUUUAAACCUGGGAAUGUCAACAGAAUUAAUCUAUGAGAAAGAGGGUGAAGUCUCAAAUGGCGAAGAAGACAACGGGGGAUCAGACUGGGAGGAUAGUCCAACAGAGAAGACAAAGGCGGGACAAAUAGAUCACCCUGAAGACAGUGUUUCCAGAGAGGAGCCAGACGACCAGUGUUGGGUGACUAGUCCACUGAUGAAAGAUGAGGAGAGAUCACCAGAGGCUAAAUGGAAGGAGACAGUGGUGUUUGAGUAUGAAGAUAACAAGAAGGACCACAGUACAUCAGUAGGAGAAGACAAGGCAACUCAGGGAAGUGCUGUGGAUGAUCCUGCAGGGUGUGAUGGAAGGGACCAGGUUAAGAGCUUCAUCACUGAGGUCCAGCAAGCAGGCAAAGGGCUAGGCUCUGUCAAUGGUCCUGGGAAAACAGAAUGUGAUAGUUUAGCAGAACAGGUUAGAGAACCGGUUAAAGGGUUUCAUCUCAGAGAGAGGUGCAUGACUGACAAUAGAGAACACAUAGAAGAGGUCAAGCUGAGGGAGGUCAAGACACACGAGAGAAAAGCCAGUAACUCUGGGGGGGAGGAAGUGGAAGGUCUCAUGUCAGAGGUCAGGGGUCAGAGGUCUUUAGAGAGACUAUCAGGCAGCAGUCAGUCAGAAAUCACCAGGAUCGUUCCGCUCAAACCUGAAAGGUCAAAGAGCUUAGUAUGCAAAGAUGAGCAGGACAGAGGGAGUCAGGACACUGAGUCUGAGCUGAGUGGAGUUUUUAGAAGAGAGUACAGAUGGUCAGGAGGUUCAUCAGAGGGACCUUCAGACAUCAACUGGAACAACGAGUCCACCUUCUAUCAAACAUCCACCCUGCCUACGUCAUUCAUCUCAACCAACGCUAGUCCAGCAAGACGGACCCAUUCCCAGACCAUUACACACAGAGACGCCCCACAGGAACAGGGCAGCUUCUGGGGUCUGGAAGGCUUGGCAAGAGUCGAGUCUAAAACUGAAGAGCUGGUUCAGCAACAGAGCAGCGCUGCCCGUGACGAUCACUUUCAGACGUCAUUCAUCUCAACCAACGCUAGUCCAGCAAGACGGACGCACUCCCCGACUAUGACACACAGAGACGCCCCACAGGAACAGGGCAGCUUCUGGGGUCUGGAAGGCUUGGUAAGAGUCGAGGCUAAAACUGAAGAGCUGGUUCAGCAACAGAGCAGCGCUGCCUGUGAUGAUCCCUUUCAGGCUGCUAGAGAAGCCAUAGAGAGUCAUCAGUUGCUCAGCUUUAAGGCCUCAGCUACAGCUCCAGCCUCAGCGCUCCCCAGGACAGCUCCUCCUGCCCCUCCAGUGAAAACACAGAAGGCCAGAGAGUCUGGACUCAUACUCCGGAAUAUCAACCGCAAUGUUAGCAGGGAGCCUGGCCUGGACGCAACCAAGAAGAGACAUUCGGAGCCGCUCUUCACUCCUGCCAUCUAUGAAGAUACAUUAGAUGAUGCUAAGAGGGAACCCUGGGAGAGGAGGCCUCUGCCGGGCUCCGCCUCAGAGGAGGACCACGAGCGUGACAUGGUGGUCUGCAUGAAAGAGACCCACCUGGGCAUCGAGAGGAAGUGCUCCAGCAUGACGGUCAGCUCCACGUCCAGCCUGGAGGCUGAGGUGGACUUCACCGUCAUCAUGGACCUCCACAUGGGCGUGGAGGAGUUCUCCAAGAGCAUGUCUAAGCUGGGGGAGCUGGGGGAGCGGCUGCCCGAAGUGGGCCGGGACGACUUUGAGGAGACCUCCAGGUUCUAUUCAGCCCGUCUCAUGGUCUCCCAUGACAUGUCCCCUGUAGAGGAGAUGCCUCCUGUGCACCAUGAGGAAGGUGUUCACCAUGAGCCCACGGUAGCCAGGAAAGACCCCAGUGCUGUUAGCGCUGCCCAGAUACUGAGGAAGGCCGACGUCAAGAUGGAGACACACACCAAUGGGUCAGAGGUCACCAGCACCGACUUCAUGGACAUGUCCGAGCAGCAAAUGGAGACCGACGUCAACUGUAAUGACACGAAGGUCUCCAGCAGCACUGAUGUGGCUCAGCCACCAGAGGGCGACCUGAACCAGAACCAGGGAGUUGGCAGUAGGAAGGAGGCUCCUCUCCCUAGUAAAGAAAAUGGCUCCCCUGUGAAGGCAGGCACCCUGGGCAGAGAGGCUGUAGAGUCCCCACUGACUGUCACCACUGACAACGUCACCUCAGCAACCACAACUCAAGUUACCAAGACAGUGAAAGGUGGCUACUCGGAGACCAGGAUUGAGAAAAGGAUCAUCAUCACAGGAGAUGAUGACGUGGACCAACAUCAGGCCCUUGCGAUGGCGAUACAGGAGGCCAAGCAGCAACACCCUGACAUGCUGGUGACAAAAGCAGUGGUUGUCAGGGAAACAGAGUCUCCCACUGAGGAGCAACAUAGGAAAUCUGAGUCCUGAUCGCUCAUGGUGGUUCCUGGGAGUGGGGACAGGAAAUGACCUGAGCCUCCCGUCAUCUCCCUGACCCUCCCCACGCCAGCGCCGCAAGAGGGCUACAGUAACCUGCCCACAGUGUAUACUACAAUACAACAGAGCGACCGCACUCCCUGAAACAAUCCCUGUCUCCUCUACAACACAAUACGCCUCCUCUCCUGUCCCUUUAACCAAAACCGACUGUGAUGCCGCCUCUGACCCACCCUCGCCCCUUAUCCCCCCCACCCCACCCAACCACUCUUCCUCUGGGAAAUGCCUAUUCCCUGGGAUUUUUAGAACAUGACCGUUCUCACAAAUCUGAGAAAUAGGCUGCAGUGAUUAUAUCCCCCCAAGAGGUCUGACUUGUAAAGAAUAUGGCAGGAAUAGGGUUUAUGUGUUGCCCCAUGUUUAGCUAUGGGAUCUGUGAGAUAUCAAUAUGGUGGUUCUGGUAUUCUACAUCCCCAGACAGACUGUACAUGUACAAACAUAAUGACAUGUUAACGGUUCAUCACCCUUGAUCAGUGUAGUUCAAUUAAAUUAUUAGGGAUGAGGAUUUAAUCCACUGUUAAAUCAGAUCAACCUUUCCCCAGAACAGAUUGUCUUACCUGUAACUACUGGUAAUUUAUUAGCCAAGAAGUCAAUAAUAGCCCACCCUUCAAAAUUGCUCUCAUAUAUGGUCACCAUGGAGAUGCCUGCUCUGUGCUGACGUCAUGCAUGAAGCAUGGGGAUGGGGAAUGGGUGAGUGGAGUGUGAGGAGAGGGGGUUGGGGGAGGGGUGCUCUGCAGGGGCCAGUGGUGAUGGCCAGCCUUUAACGCUUGUUGUCACCAGUGUGACACAUAUAUUAAACAGCUGUCUUACUAGCUUUUUAAACAUUUGUAACAAUAGAAGAAUACAAUUUAAAGUCCAGUGUUUGCUUGUUUAAGAAAAUAAAUAAAAUAAAUGUAUCGACUAGCUUCUCAUACUCACAUGCAUGAUUCUACAUAGUUGAGGUAAUGAACGAUACGAUACGGACCUGUCUAGGAACUGACGUCCACAGGAAGUGCUCAAGAUGGCAGAACAUUCAGUCUAUAUCUGAAAGAUUCUGUGGAAUAUGCUUCUGCAACGUGUAGACACUUCAUGUCAACCAAAGCUGAUGGGACUAUACCGAUAGGAGAGUCAACUGAAGGAACACUUGGACAGACACUUCUACAACAUGAAGAGACUAUGAGUUGGGACUCCACUUAGCAUUCAGGGUAUACUAGUUCUAUAGGAUCUGACUCUCGUUCUCCGGCUAACAACAAACAGAAUCCCCCCCCCUUCUGUCCUCAUCUCCUCAUCCUGUUCUCCUUCCUUCAUCCUGCUGUUAUACUUUCGGUCUCAAAUGCUGGUCAUGUAGGGCAAAAGUCAAAUCGCACCCUAUUCCCCAUGUAGUGCACUACUUUAACCAAAACUAGUACACUCUACAGGGAAAAGGGUGUCAUUUGAGACGAAGCCAUAGUCUGGUCACAGUAGGACUCUUAAAGCAAAAUUAGUGGAUUUAAUUUAAAGUUUCUAAUUAUUUCAUGAAAUGUGAGGAAAUGUUUGAAUUUUUUACUUACUUGAGUUGUCUUUAAGUCAUGUUGUAUGAGUUCUACGUUUGUAUUUAUAAGAGUGGUGGUGAAUGUGAGUUUUUUCCUUCCCUAAAAAGUAUAUGCGUGUAAUUCCUUUUUCAGUACCCUCACAGACAACGCCUGGAUUCAUAAAGUUGGAAGUUUAAGCCCAAACUCCAUCCUCUUGGAUAGAGAGACAGGAGGUGAACCAGAACAAUUGGAAACCCUUUUCUAUUCCAGAACAGCAAGCAAGGCCUUCAUAGCCCUGCCUGGCCAAACCUUGAUACACUCUUAGAAAAAAGGGUUCCAAAAGGGUUCAUCGGCUGUCCCCAUAGGAACACCCUUGUUGGUUCCAGG